AUGCAACGUCUACUGGACCUGCUGCCACCAUGGCUAGAUGAGUGGAGGAUGGUCGUCAACGUUGGUAAGACGACCGCUCUGCUCACUCGCCGCCUCAGGAACCUACCACCUCAGCUAACCCUCAAUGGCCAGAAGAUCGCGUACGAGAAGGCCGUGACCUACCUUGGGUGCCGGAUCGACCGGGCGCUGCGCAUGACUGCGCACGUCGACCUCGUCGUCCGCAGAGCACGAUGUGCGCGGGCGACGCUCCGUCCGGUCCUGGCAUCCAAGUUACCACUUAAAACCAAAGUGCGAGUCUAUAAAACGUACAUUAGAUCCAUCAUUACGUAUGCUGCUCCGGCCUGGUACGCGCUUCUGAGCGAGCCUCUGAGGCGGCGACUGCAGGCCCAGCAAAAUCUGACGUUAAGAACCAUCGUCGGUGCGGGUCGCUACGUCCGGAAUGACGUCAUAGCGGCCAACCUAAAGAUUGACACCAUCCAGGGGUUUGUGGCCCGGCUGGCGCGCGGACUGUUCGACCGUGCAGACAACGGGCCACAUCUACAUAUUAACCAACUUGCGCCGCUACACACUCGCCCUCCGGACGGGGGACCCUAUCCAAGAGAACUCCUCUCUAUAUCGAUUAGAGAGUCGAGUAACAACCCUCAAUGCCGCUGA